GACUUUAAACGCAACACUUGAACCUAUUGAACCCGGAAGCACAACAUUGACAGAAAACAGAAACUACUUUAUACAUUUUUUGAUUCACGUAAACGUUGUUUUUAAUGAAUUUACGUGCUCGACUGAGAGAUGACCAUGAGAGAGUUUUGCUCUUGGACGGCGGAUUAGCAACAGAAUUGGAGGCACAAGGUGCACAUUUACAGGGAGAUCCAUUAUGGAGUGCCAGGCUAUUGCACACCAACCCCCAAGCCAUCAAAGCUGCUCAUCACAGCUUCCUCCUGAACGGUGCAGAUGUAAUCACCACUGCUACUUACCAAGCUAGCAUCCAAGGCUUCGUCCAACACUUGGGAGUCAGCUUAGAUACCGCCAGGGAAUUGAUGGCGUCCGGGCUUCAUCUUGCUGUAGACGCAGCGAUGACUUUUGGUUCUGGAAAGCGGGCAAGGGCUGUGGCGGCAUCCGUGGGACCCUACGGCGCCUUUCUUUGUGACGGCUCUGAGUACAGUGGAAAAUACGCUGAUAAAAUGAGCGUAGAGGAGUUGAAAGCUUGGCAUCGGCCUCAGCUGGAAUGUUUAGCAGCAGCGGGAGCAGACGUCCUCGCUUUGGAGACCAUCCCAAGCAUCAAAGAGGCGGCGGCAUUGGCCGAGCUGCUUCGGGAAUUCCCAAACUGCAACGCCUGGAUUUCUUUCUCUUGCAAGGACGGGGCGCAUCUGUCAGACGGCAGCCCGCUGCUAGACGGCAUCCGUGUGGCGAGCAGGUCCACGCAGGUGCUUGCUGUCGGGGUCAACUGUUGCCCUCCGGAGUUGGUGGAACCUCUACUGGAUUCCGUCGCGGCCUUGAGGGGCCCCGAUCUGAAAUGGGUGGUGUACCCCAACAGCGGCGAGGACUGGGAUGCUCAGCGGGGAUGGCACAGCUCAGGGAAAACGUCAGCUACUUUACCGGCUCUAAGUGACACUUGGAUCAAGCAAGGGGCUGCUUUGAUCGGUGGUUGCUGCCGCAUUCGUCCAGAAGAAAUUGGCGAGCUGAGACGACACUUACACCCAAUGGAGAAGGAAGCGGACUUGGAAAUCUAACACUAAAAACAUCAUUUCAAAUGUAUCGUUUUUAAUUAAUCGGGAAACGCAAACUGUUUUGGGCGUGACAUCUAUCUGGUUUGUACAAAGAAUAAAUUAAGCUCUGCAUGUAA